CUUCGAACUUGUUGAUGCUGGACGAAGGAGUACUCCCUGUCUUUGAACGCCGAGACAGCUCUGGAAUAUCCAUUAUUUCAGCUUCCAUCUGCUUCUGGACAAGAACGUCACUUGCUUACGAAAUCUUGAAUGAGUUUUCGAUAGCAAGUCACAAUGGCGGAUAUCGAGGAACGGCUUCGAAGCCACUCCGAUGCUUUUAGCGGGCUUAUGUCUUUGAUUCCUGCAAAGUAUUACUAUGAGGAGGACCAUAGUGAUCAAUGGCAGCGCAAGAAACAGACAAAAGAAGAAGCUAAAAACGCCAAACUGGCCAAACUAGACCCCGAUGCCGCCAAGUCAGCAAAGGAUGUCAUGGAUGAGAAUGCUCGAAAGCGGAAACGAGAAGAUGGAAUCGAGGAAGAUAAUCAGAGCCAGUCUGCCGAGAGCGAGUUGGGUUCCGAAUUGCCCAAGGAGGGAUUGAAACGCGGCGAUCUGAAAAGCAAGAAGCAAAAGCAAAUAGAUGCUGCUGAGAAGGAUAAUAAAGAUCGCAAUGCAGAGGCAGAGGAGCGACGGAAGUUGAAGGCUGAAAAGAAGGCCGAGAAAAAGGCGGCACAGCGUGAGAAGAAAAAGGCCAAGGAGGCAGCGAAAGCUGAUAAGAAGAAGAACGUGGACGAGCAAUCACAACCUGCUGCAAAGCCGUCUACAACUACACAAAAGAGUUCAGCGGAUGAAAAAUCCGACAAGGAACCUCCCGUAAAAGACCACAACGUCGAUCAAGAAGAACUCGAUGUAGUGGAAGGAUUUGAUCUGGAAACGAAAAACUCUGCAUUAGAAGAAACAUCAUCCACCACUUCGUCGAACCCAGAUUCAUCCAAUUUCGAGAUGUCGAACAACUCCUCCGGUACCUCCUCCACUUCCUCCAUCAUCCCGCCGAGCGAGGCGCCCUCACAACAAGCAACAAAGCCUACUCUCAAACCUCUCAAGACCACACCAGAAGAACUCCGUCAAAGACUCCAAAAGCGUCUCGACGAACUUCGCGCUGCUCGACGAGCAGACGGCCUCAAUGGCAAACCAGCAAGAACAAGACAAGAACUCAUCGAGGCACGACGGCGCAAAGCCGAAGAAAGGAAACAACACAAAAAGGAACUUAGACGCAAGGCCAAGGAAGAAGAAGAGCUGAAAAAGGAUGAGGAAAUGCAAAGACGGUUUUCGCCUGGUGGAUCCGGUUCGCUACUCGCUUCACCUCGUUCGCCCGCUGAAUCGUUUACAUCCAAUUCCAACACGAAUUUUGCCUUUGGACGAAUUGCGUUCCCAGAUGGACAACAUGCUGAUCCUACACUUUCACGCCUACUCGAUGACAAGUCGAAACAUGGCCCUCGUGAUCCUGCGGCUGCCCUCAAGGCUGCCGAAGCUAAAAAGACACGCCUCUCCAGUCUUGACGAGCAGAAACGAGCCGAAAUCGAAGAAAAGGACAUGUGGCUAAACGCUAAGAAACGUGCUCACGGUGAGCGUGUCCGCGACGAUACAUCUCUCUUAAAGAAAGCCCUCAAACGCAAAGAAUCAGCUAAAAAGAAGUCCGAGCGUGAAUGGAAAGAGAGACUCGAGGGAGUCGCAAAGGGCAAGGAAAUGAGGCAACAACGACGAGAAGAGAACAUCCGCAAGAGGAAAGAAGAUCGAGGAAACGCCGGCGGCAAGAAAGCCGGUGGUGGUAAUAAUAAUAAGGGCAAAUCAAAAGCCAGACCAGGGUUUGAAGGAAGUUUUAGAGCGAAGAAUGGUGACGGUAGUGGUAAGAAGAAAUAAGAAAAAGUUUGUCGGAUUUGAUAUGACAAAAAGUGUUUUGAGCGUGGGAAAUUGUUCUGAUUUCACAUCAUCAUGAGGGCCGGCGUUGAAUAUGUCUGUUAUGUCAGAUCUAUGGCCAUUUUCUCUGGCAUAUUUUCUCUUUCUGUGUGUAUAGUGUCCUCCCUCCUGGAUUGGGAGACGUUGAAUCGUGGCGUUAAGUUGUGGUAUAUUUUACCACUUUGAGAUCAAUGAAAAUAAAAAUUCUCAAUC